AUGGCGGCAGCUGCUCUGGUGAGCGUCUCCAUGGGGGUGAUGAAACCCGUCCUGGCAAAGCUCGCCACCCUCAUGGGCGACGAGUACAAGAAGCUCAAGGCCCUAAGGAAAGAGGUGACCUUCCUCCAGCAUGAGCUCAGCGACAUGAAUGCCCUCCUUGAGAAGAUGGACAGCGUAGAUGAACUCGACCCACAGGCCAAGAAAUGGAGAAAAGAUAUAAUCGAGAUGUCAUACAACAUAGAAGACCGCAUCGAUGACUUCGUGCAUAGUGUUGGUGAAACCGACGACAAGAUGGGGAUCCGUCAGAAAGCUUAUUAUUAUGUCAAGACUUUCAAGGAUCGUCGCCGACUAGCGAUAUACUUUGAUUUUUAG